AUGAACAGUCGGUAUUUUCGCCAUGAAGUGCUUGCUUGUGAGACUGGUGAGCUGAAAAACUUCUGGGAAAAGACCAUUGAGGAGCAGACUCAGCAUUCCAAAGCUGAGAAAGACCGGAAACAAAAAAGUGCGCUGACAAAACUCAGAAGAGAAUGGACAGAAAGGCUGGAAAAAAGAUUAAAAAUGCUACAAGAACAAGAUAAGAAUGAAGAAGCCCCUAACUGA